AUGAGGUCUGCAAAAAUCCAGUGCUCCCUAUGGAUCCUAUGGAGGAAACCCAUCGAUGGUACUAACGAGUUUAUCGAGGUGGACAAGGUAUUCCACAGCAAUAUGACAUCUAUAUUCCAAGGUAGCAUAGUGGAUGAAUCGAUGGACACAAUGUUUGCUCAAAUCAGAACGCAUGUGGAGAAUCCCGCGCUACCCAAGAGCGGUUUUAUGGUCAUAAUUAAUCCGGAUAACAACGAUCAAGAAUGCUUUAAAUGGUCAAUUAUCGCCGCCAUACAUCACGAAGAGAUAGGCACAAACCAUCAAAGAAUAAGCAAGCUUCGACCAUAUCAGGAGCGGUAUAAUUGGGAUGGUAUAGAAUUUCCAACAUCCAUCAAAGAUAUCACAAAAUUUGAGCGGAACAAUCCAGACAUUGCCGUGAACGUCUUGUAUGCAACAGGUAAAAAAUUUAAUAUCUUACGGCGAUCGGCAUUUAACGAAAGUGAUACUCAGGUUAAUCUGCUACUGCUUACCGAUGAGAAGAGGAACUAUUACGUAUCCAUCAAAAAUCUAUCAAAACUACUAGGACAUCACGAUGCCCAGCGAGAAGGAAAAAUGGUUAUAUUACCAGGACGGACGAUGCCCAGCGAGAAGGAAAAAUGGUUAUAUUACCAGGACGGACAUUGCCAAUUCAAAAAACCAUUUGUAAUAUAUGCGGAAUUUGAAAGCCUACUGAUCCCGGUGAAAAAUGCUCGGGAUACCAAAACAUUGAAUAAACAUGUACCAUGCGGGUGGGCCACAUACUCCACUUUCGCAUAUGGAGAAGUGCCGGAUCCACUAACAGUCUUCAGGGGUAAAGAAUGUGUAACACGCUUUGUCGAUCAUCUAGAGGAUGAGGUAAAGCGACUAUACAGCAUCUACCCUCAAAAGGACAUGUUGCUAUUAACGGAAAUACUAAAAAAAGAUCAUGACUCCGCCACGAGUUGUCACAUCAGCAUGAAACCCUUUGACGAUGACCCGAAGAACCGUAAGGUGAAGGACCACUGUCACUCUCCUGGGUUACACAGGGGUGCCGCGCACAAUACCUGUAACUUAAAAUAUAAAAUACCCAAACCAUGUACCAGUGAUUUUUCACAACCUAUCAGGGUACCCAUUGCAGGCAUGGGUCAAGGUCAUGGUGAAAAGUACAAGAAGAUCGAGAUCAGACUCAUAGACACCUGUUGCUCUAUGGCAUCCUUGAAAUAUGAAAAAUUAGCUAAUAAUCUCAAUGAUGAGCAGUGCAAAUAUCUUCGUUGGUUUUUCGCUGAGGAUGACACCUUUAAGUUUAUGCGAGGGAAGGGAGUGUAUCCUUAUGAGUAUAUGGAUGGCUGGCGACGAUUCGAGGAAACUGAGCUACCUCCAAAGGAGGCUUUCCAUAGCAAGUUAAACAUGAAGGGGAUUAAUAAUGAAGAAUACGAGCACGCUCAAAAAGUGUGGAAUGCUAUCAAUCCCAAGGGGGAUGAAACUACCAUGGGGGACUAUCAUGAUGCGUACUUGGUUACUGACGUUUUACUACUAACUGAUAUAUUCCAAAACUUUCAUGGAGUGUGCCAUGCUAACUAUGGCCUUGAUCCCGCCCAUUUUUAUUCCGCACCUGGCUUAGCUUGGAAAGCAGCACUCAAAUACACGGUGUAA